AUGGAGGGCGUAUCAACAGCAUGGUCCAUUGAGAUCCAGGACCCGCCCGAGCCCCUCACGAAUGGAUAUGGCGGAGCUCCGGAACCAGACGAUGGUACGAGCGCGGUAACAGUAUAUGAACAAACAAUCAAAGAUCCCAGGCGGGACACAUCAAUGGCCCUUGCAGGAAGCCAACAACGGGGUAACAGGGUCGAAGUGGAGACGUCCGACAUGCAGACUUUCCUCACGAGUCAGGUAGAAUACCUGGAGCAGCUGAAGAUUGAGGAUGAGAAAGACCGCGCCGCCAAGAAGACGCCUCAGCUUGAGAUGUCGCCGCUCGACGAUAACGGCCGUGUGAAUGAACAUAUCGGUCCUGUACAAAUGAACAUGGGAGGUAUCCAGGUAGAUGCCGAUGACAUGCUACGCAAACUCAAGGAACGAGAAGCCAGCCGCUCCUCUCGCAAAGACACUGUCUCAUCCCCAACCGACGAAAAAGCCCACAACCAAGCCCUCGCAAACUUCUUCGCAGGCCUCGUCAAGAAACCCGGCAGCAGCCCCCGUGGAAGCCCCUCGGGAUAG